AUGGUGAUCGGAAUGCAGCUCUUUUACACGCGAGCAUUAAAGAUCGGCGAAAACGAUCAUAUAUUGGUCCCAUUGCUAAAAAAAUCUUCGCUGCCUCACGGAGUGCCUGCUUUGGUAAAUGAUGACCUUAAUGUCGAUUUUUUCCGUAUUCCGAGUAUGGACGAAAUCAAUGAUGCCGUCAAAGGUUUGAAUCCAUUGAGCACUCUAGGUAAUGACGGAUUUACAGGCCACUUCUACGCAGCCUGUUGGGAGAUCAUUAAGUACGACAUAAAUAACUUUAUUGGCGACUUCUUCUGUGGAGGUUAUAUGUUUAAGGAGACGAAUAGAACCAUCCUGGUUUUGCUGCCCAAGACCGAAAGUACUCGAAAUAUUGCCGAUUAUUGUCCCAUUAGUUUAUGUAACUUCUCUGGAAAAAUUAUCUUCAAAAUUCUCGCUACCAGAUUGGGGAAAAUUUUACCUCUUCUUGUUUCGGAUGAACAAGCGGGAUAUUUUCAGGGUCGGCAAAUCACCACUCAUAUUGUUUUGUUGCAAGAGCUGAUCCGCGACAUCAAUCCUAAAUGUAAAGGAGGGAAUGUUGUUUUUAAAUUGGAUAUGGCCAAAACAUAUGACCGAUUGGAAUGGCGGUUUCUCUUAUGA